AUGCGUUUUCUGCAUCCCCCACUCUUAAUCUUUCUCCUCGCAUCUCUACCGGUAGCAACGGCUCUCAUCGAAUGUCUCAACUACCGUGUUGAGCAGGGUGCGCCGAUCCCAAAGGCAGUCAGAAAUGUAAGCGUCCAGGUUAGAGUUUUUCGAAUUACAUUGCAACUUUCAGCCCAGAUGUAGCACGAAAGCCGAGUACUGUGUCAAAAUCACCGGAAGCAGUGCGGAGGGUAGCCAACCGUUCGACGCUGGAAGAUGCGAAUACCCGGGCGAAUGCGCGGAAUAUGGAAAUGGCUGCUUCACCAGAGACGACUCUGCCGGAAAGACAGAGCACGUCUGCUGCAGCAAUGAAAACUUUGCCAACCACAGCUCAUCUAAUUCUGUUAUCGGUUUCCUCAUUCUCUUUAUCACUUUGAUUCUUCUAGAGUUUUAA